GAAGAGAUACUUUCCUAAAGUGGCAAUCCGAAAACUCCAAAACUUGAAAAUGGUUUCUCAUGCACCUUAUUUGGUUGUGUCGAUAAGUUUCUUAGUUGGUUUAAGCUUGUUGCUUGUUGUACACGCUAAAGAUUUCAACCAAGACAUUGACAUAACUUGGGGUGAUGGUAGAGGAACUAUUUUGAACAAUGGAACCCUUCUAAAUCUCUCUCUUGAUCAAUCUUCAGGGUCGGGGUUCCAAUCGAAAGCCGAGUAUUUGUACGGUAAAGUCGAUAUGCAGAUCAAACUUGUCCCGGGAAAUUCCGCCGGGACAGUGACCACCUUCUACUUGAAGUCUCAAGGAUUAACAUGGGACGAGAUAGAUUUUGAGUUCUUGGGGAAUGUUAGUGGAGAUCCAUACAUUCUUCACACUAAUGUUUACACUCAAGGCCAAGGUGAUAGAGAGCAACAAUUCUACCUUUGGUUCGAUCCGACUGCUGAGUUCCACAACUAUUCUAUUCUAUGGAAUCCGAGUCACAUAGUGUUCUAUGUUGAUGGGAAGCCAAUUAGAGAAUUCAGAAAUUUGGAAGCAAUGGGUGUGGCUUAUCCAAAGAGCCAACCCAUGAGAAUGUAUGGUAGUCUAUGGAACGCAGAUGAUUGGGCCACGAGGGGAGGCCUUGUCAAGACAAACUGGUCACAGGGACCAUUCGUAGCCUCUUUCAUGAACUACAACUCCGAGAAUACUUGUGUCAUGUCGUCCAUUGAUAAUGCAACCACCUCGUCGACCAUUAUUACUCCUUGUAGCCCCGAUGGCAGCUCGUCUUCGAGCAGUACAAGCGAGUGGUUUUCGCAGAGAGGGAUGGAUUCGCCAAGCAAGAAAAUACUUAGAUGGGUUCAGAGGAAGUUCAUGGUUUACAAUUAUUGUAAGGACAAGAAACGGUUCUCUAAAGGUUUGCCUGUUGAAUGCACUUCCAAAAACAAGAACAAGAACACAAAGUCGUCUUGAGAUUUUUGUAUGUUUUAUCCUUUAAAAUUAAUGAGUUUUCCAGUUAAGAUUAGUUGUCGUGAUUUGUUUAUUUUGUGUUGGUUAUUUUGUUUAUUUUCCCAAUGAUGAUUUAUUCGUCUUAUAUUUUG